AUGACCAUCCGUUUCAUGAUCAGAGGGUCUUCUGCUGUUGAGUCCCUCCAGUGCCGUAAUGACUACACUACCCACAUUCACUGCAGCUGGGCAGAGGCCUCCCAGACCCCCCGGCACCUCCUGCACGAGGCCGUGUUUAGGAACAGGAGCACUGAGUCCCCCUGUGUCCCUAUCCCUCCACCAUCCCAGGAUGCGCUGGGGCACCUCAGGGUCCACUGUCGGUACAACACCAGUAUGUUUGUCAUCCAUGCGCGGGACUUCUUCUUCUUCAAGGUUCCUCAUGUGAAGCUUCUCUCCAAGACUAUUGACCUCCACAAUCAAGUGAGAGUCGGGCCUCCACACAACCUGUCUGUGAAGGUCACGGAGGAGGGGGACUGGGUGUUGACGUGGCAGAGCCCUUUGACCUUUGAGCCCUCGUCCCUCACCUAUCAGGUGCACUACAGACAGGCCAACCAGCGAUGGACAGAGCUGGAGGUCCAGGGGAAGGAGCUGCGUCUGGAGGCCUCCACGCUGGUGCCCGACAGUGAGUACGAGGCCAGGGUUAGAGCCACGGGCGAACGGGGCGCCUGGACUGAGUGGAGCCCCCUGGUGCACUGGAGGCCAAGUGAAGCACCCCUGCCAGGUCCCUCUAAUCUUGACUGUGUCUUUGAUGGGGAGAAGGAGGUGCUCUGUAGCUGGGAGCUACACACAGACCUGGCUCAAUACGUCACCUACAAUCUGUCCUACCGCAUCAACCCUACAGCACAGCCACGUCAGUGCUGUCCCCAGCCCCCCAGGCUCCUGAACCAGACCGAUCCAGUGCUGAGGUUCAGCUGCUCUUUCUCUGUGGCCGCGUCCAGCACCCCUCAGGUGCAGCUCCAGCUCCAGCUCCACGCCGCCCCCAUCAGGAGAGAAUUUAAGUCGCACAAACACAUCCAGCCCCCCCGGCCCACAGGGGUGCAGGUGGAAGAGAGGGGGAGCGACUGGAGGCUGAGCUGGACUCUCCCACAUCUGGGCACCGUUCCCAUCGCCACGGAGAUCUUCUUCUGGAACGCCGACGUGCCGGAGAGUAAUAAAUCCUUCUCUCUAGAGGCUGCCACCGCCUCUCACUCCAUCCCAACUGGAUCACUGCAGCCUUCCACACGCUACAGCGCCCGGGUCCGAGCCCUCGUGGACGCUUCGAGAAGCAGCCAUUACCGUGGCUACUCCUCCCAGUGGAGCGAGCCGGUCCACUGGACCACACGCUCAGUGCUGUGGUCGGCCUUCAUGAUAUCCUAUGUGACUAUGGCAGCCUGUGUGUUUGUAACAGUCUUUCUGCUCUACAUCUGUCAAAGGCGGUUCAGACAGUGGGAGGUGUCCAUCCCAACCCCUGUCAACAGCAAAGUACUGGAGGACAUCUCAAAAGGCAAUCAGAGAUUCCAAGUCAAGGGGGAAAUGACCCAGACUGAGAGUGACGACCCCCACCUUGACCAGGCCCACAUUUUGGAACCCACACAGACCUCGGACCUCCUCCCAGAGGAUCUGAACGUCUUCACUUCCUCGUUUCCCAGCAGCCUCUCUGCUGAGGUCCAGACAGGAUGUGUCUUGGCUGUGGAGGAUGAUGACUGGUACCAGCAGGUGCCCUGCCACGGGUUAAGAGUGUUACCCCGAGCGUCUUCAGCCUCAGAGAUGUCGGAAGUAAGCUUCAACGACCUCUACAUGACCUGUCCAAGGUCAAGAUCUUCCACAGGGGGAAUCAUGGGAGAUGAAGUCCUUUCUCCAUCCCCUUCCUCCAGCCCUGAUGACUCUGUUCACGACUGCAUGCCGGACUCAGAGACAUCCGUGACCCUUCCGGAAGUCUCUGCCAAGUCACAUUCCCCUUCAUCAGCAGCAGGGCAGCGUCCUGAGACUGCAGAAACUCUGCAUCACUCCAUUGCUGCAGUUUGA